GUUCAGAAUUUAGACUAAAGCUCCAGACCAGAAGCCUAGGUGGGCAAGUGUAGCUAAGAUCAGGUCUUGUGCAGAAUGGCUUAUGGUUUCAGCAAAUCAAGGAGGGUAGGAGGAGGAGAGCUGGAUCUGUUCACAGCAGACUGUUCUAUUUCAGGCACUUCAUCCCUACACGAGACAACCGGCAGCCACAGGUCACUAUGACGGAAUGGACUUUGCUCAAGCGUCUCCUCGAUGCUGUCCACCAGCACUCCACCAUGAUCGGGCGCUUGUGGCUCACUGUCAUGGUUAUUUUCCGGCUGUUGAUUGUGGCUGUGGCUACUGAAGAUGUGUACACUGACGAGCAGGAGAUGUUUGUAUGCAACACUUUGCAGCCAGGAUGUUCCACCGUCUGCUAUGAUGCAUUUGCACCCAUCUCACAGCCUCGCUUCUGGGUCUUUCAUAUCAUCAGCGUCUCUACACCAUCACUGUGUUUCAUCAUUUACACCUGGCACAACCUGUCCAAGCUGCGAGAAGGUGGACAGGAAGCAUAUGAUCGGAGCUGCAACUCAGAAAGCUGCUCUAUCCAUUCCCACAAGCUUUUAUCAGAUGUGCUUGAUGGCAUUACCAUUCAGAAAGGUCAUGUGGUCUCUGGAGGCGUUCUGUCCAAAUGUUAUGUGUUCCAUGUAUGUCUAAGGGCUGUUCUGGAGGUGGGCUUUGUAGUGGCCCAAUGGAAACUUUUUGGGUUUCAGGUGCCUGUCCAUUUCCUGUGUACCUCACCCCCCUGCGCCCAACCAGUGGACUGCUACAUCUCCAGACCCACUGAGAAAACCAUCUUCCUGCUCUUCAUGUUUUGUGUGGGAGUUUUCUGCAUCCUGCUCAACCUUCUGGAGCUCAACCACCUGGGCUGGAAGAAGAUCCGUCAGGCAGUAAGGCAGAGGAGGAGGAGAUUCCUGGGAGGUUGUCCAAGCAUGAGGGGAGGUUAUGAAACUUUCACUCAAGACAGCCCAUCUCUGACAUCUUCUGUCAGCUUCAGAGAAGGGACUAGCACCACAUCCCUGCCAACUCUGAACCUGGUGGUUGGUCACCAGCCUGACCGGACCUGCACUGUGAACUGUGAGAGGAUGCAGAAGACUGAGGUCAGAGAGACAAGGUUUGAGCAACCAAAGAGAGAAAAUGCCCAUAAAGGAGAGAGGUUUUCUGUAAAUAGCACAAGGGAGAUCAGAGGAUCCAAGCAAAGAAGUGCUGAGGUCUGGAUAUAGAAUUUAACUAUGGAUUCACAUGUUACAGUCUUUAUCUUGCCGCACUGGCUUGCCACUGCCUCCUUCAGGGAAGGAGUGGGUUACCAGGAUUUUUAAAAACAGAAAAAAACCUUAGUUAUCUCUACAUCAGAGAUAUUCAACUUACUUUGUUCAGAUGUCACUUUUGCUAGACUCCGUUAUUAACCAACAGGAAUAUUUAUCAAAUAAAAUGAUAAACAUUAAAUGAAAUGAUCGAUUUUCAAAUUAGAUGAUUAACAAAGGACAUUUAUACAAGGAAUUGAACUGGAAAAUGGUCAGCAGCACACAGUCACAGGCCAUAAGUUACCACUGCUCCUGAUCCAUGCCGCCCACAAAAGCGAAUUCGAGAAAAAAAUCUUGUAUUAUAUGGGCGCAAGAACUGUGAUCAUGUAGACACGUAAGAGUGGUGUUACAGAUGCGAUGUUUUCAGGAGGAAAUAGUUCUGAUGAAAACUGGUCAUAAAUGCAAGACCAGACAAAAAGAGGUAGAGGGCAAUAGAACAAUUUUCUUUAGGUUCAAGUAUGUAAAACUAAUGUAAUGUAAUCCCAGUAGUAAAUUUUUCUGUCAUAAAGGUUAUAAUGUAUAUUGUUUUAACAACUUAAUUUAGAGGCUAGAGUUUGGUGUUGCUGUUGAUCAUUUGGCAA